AUGAUCCGUUUGACGGUACAGCCGAGGACGCAGACCUGACAAUAUCGGCGAGUAGCUACAUCCAUCUAACCAAGAUCCAUCGGCAAACCGAUGGGCAAUUCAUCACUAUGCUCCAGAAUAUCCGCCUGGGCCACACAACCGACGCCGAUCUCAACGUCCUGCUGCAACAUCGCGAAGUCAGGGAUGGCAUAGCCCUGUUCAGUCACAAGCAUAAAGCCAAGGACUACAACGACCAGGAGCUCGACAAGCUUCGCAGCCGGCCAGAACCCUUUCUUGCCCUGGACUACCCAAAAGACCAUGGCGACAACAACGACAAGCACCGGUUUGAUAAACAUCUGACCCUCAAGGCCGGCAUGCCGGUUGUGUUGCUGGCUAACCUCGACGUCGAGAAUGGUCUCUGUAACGGCAGCCAGGGCAAGCUCGUCCGCUUCAUACGGAAGCUGGACCUCCGCGACCAGCCUAAGGAGCCCGAAGAGAGAAAUUACAAGGGAGACAGCUAUGGCUACGAGGUCGCAUGGGCGAGAUACCGCCAGAUCAGCGACUACGUCGCGGGUACGUCGGGCGUGGAGUGUUGUGAGUUCUCCCGUGUCCCGGGUCAUCCAGAAAGCUGUAGCCACGAACCGCUGACCUUCGUCCUCCUUCCUCCGCCCCACAGUCCCCGAAGUCAGAUUCGCAAACGGCGAGCAACGCGUCAUAAUGCCCCACUGCAACAUGCACGACAUCGAAACAUCGAUUCAGCAGACCGCCAACGGGUACAAGAAGACCCUGGUGGCGUACUCGGCGCGCACGCAGAUCCCCCUCGUCCCGGGCUGGGCCAUGACCAUCCACAAGAGCCAAAGCCUGUCGCUCGAUCGCGUUAGCGUCAAUUUGCAGAAUGUCUGGGACGGCAGGCAGACGUAUGUGGCCCUGAGCCGCGCGCGAUCGCUCGGCGGUCUCAAGGUCGUCGGGAACAAGACCAAGAUGAGGAGUACGCUGCCGCUGGACCCCGAGGUGAGGAAGUUCAUGAGGGAGGUGGAGCGCCGGGCUGCUACGGCAGACGAGACAAGUGGGUAGCCAUUUCUUCGAAAUGCUCGGGUGGCGUGAAAUGGGUUCUGAAGACUGCUGUCAAUUUGCUGCACGGGGAUGAGA